CAACCAGGCCAGUUAACGCAGCAGCUUUACCUUCACUCCUACGCUGCCAGCAACCAUUAAAGCAAAAGUACGUUUUUCUGUCAAGCAAGGGUAGCCCAGGGUAUGCUUCCAUGCAACUAACAGCCAACUUAGAGAAGAGUUGGUCAGGAGGUGUUAGCGGUUUACACCCAACAGCCUCCUAGGGGAUUCGUACUACUGAGGGAGGCGAGAGGCUGGGGCUGAGGCGCAGCUGGACGGCGGCACCGACACGGAGCGCGACCGGGCAGCGCCGAACCCCUCAGCGACAGCGCCGGUACCGCGGACCCGCCCGCCCAACCGCCAUUUCCUCUCACCGCGGCGGCGGCAGAGACGCGCGCGGGGCGGCUACGGGAGGAGGGGCCGCGCCGCCUCAGUGCCGCGGCCAUGGCGGGCUUCGUGCGGGAGCUGGAGCGGCGGGGCGGGCCGGCGUUGCGGCUGGAGCAGCGGGCGGCGGGCGGUGUGGGCUGCGUGGUGUGGGACGCCGCGCUAGUGCUCGCCAAGUUUCUAGAGACCGGCGCCUGCCCGCUCGCCCGCCGCCACGUCCUCGAGUUAGGCGCCGGCACCGGCGCCGUCGGCAUCAUGGCGGCCACGCUGGGGGCAAACGUGACGGUCACCGACCUUGAGGAGCUGCAGGAGCUGUUGAUGGUUAAUAUAGAGAACAACAAACAUCUGGUCACAGGGUCAGUCCGAGCCAAGGUACUGAAAUGGGGUGAAGAUGUCACAGAAUUUCAGCCUCCCCCCGAUUAUAUACUAAUGGCUGAUUGCAUUUACUAUGAGGAGUCAUUAGAACCGUUACUGAAGACACUGAAAGACCUUACUGGCCCUGAUACGUGUGUCUUGUGCUGUUACGAACAGAGGACUAUGGGAAAGAAUCCUGAAAUUGAGAGAAAAUACUUUGAGCUGCUUCAGAUGGACUUUGAGCUGGAAAAAAUUCCCCUGGAUAAGCACGAUGAGGAGUAUCGCAGCGAAGACAUUCAUAUCAUGAAUAUCCACAGGAAACAAACGAAUUUUCCAUCGUGAGAUAUUCGACCACAGUAUCUGUCCUCUGGCAGCUAGUAGAGCUCUGGAGAAGAGGGAGAGGGUAUAGAAUAACACCACAAAGGGACUGUCUCCAGUGUGGUUUGUGACUCAUCUACAGAAUGGCUUCUCCAUGGUGGACUUGGCACCAGAAGAAGUGGGCUCGUUAGACUAGAUCCACUGAUAGCGCCUUCCGAGAGGACGGACGUGAGCUGUUGAUGUCUGCAGGCUGAGGCAGAGGAAGGCAGAGAAGGGAACCGGCGCAGCGCUGGAUGCGUGUGCUGGUUACCUCUGCUGGGCAGCCGCUGGUUGGAGCAGCGGGCGGCUUGCAGAGGACUCACAGAGCGGAUCUCAGGACGCCGCACCAAAGGCUCUGUCAGGAGAAAUCUCUGCGAGCGGGCUCGGUCACCAGCCCUGGAAAGCCAGUCAAUAAAACCACUGCACUUGA